AACAUCGCUUUGUUAAAUCCAAGGAUUCUCAUAAAUUCAUUUUUCCCUCCCGUUUGUCUCUGUUUCUCCCCAUCUCAAUGAUAGUCAGACGAAUGGCAAUUGCUGAAUCCAUCGUCAACCUUCUCUGUCGCCACCAUGUUCGUCUAUUUACGACCUCCCCUCCUCAGCCACCGCAUCUCUCCAACCCCACCACCAACACUGUUUCCCCAAUCAAUCCAGAUCACCUCCUCCGAGUCUGUACCAUUCUCUACCAGCAGCAGCUCUCCCCGGAGCCAAGACUCCACUCCAACCUCCGCGCCUGCCAGUCACAGUUCGACCAAGAAGAACACCUAACCCAUGAGCUCUUCCUCCAAGUCUGCAACAAUUUCCCCUAUUCAUGGCGCCCCGUUUACCGCUUCUUUCUGUACACCGACGCCAGCCCACGUUUCACUCACACCUCAGUUUCCUUCAACAAGCUGAUCGACGUGAUUGGCAAGUCCAGAAACAUUGACCUGUUCUGGGAACUUCUCCAGGAGAUGGGACGGCGUCGCCUCGUGAACGAUAAGACUUUUAGGAUUGCCCUCAAGACAUUGGCGGCGGCGAGGGAACUGAAGAAGUGCGUGGAGUUUUUCCACUUGAUGAAUGCAUGUGGGUACGAGUACAGUUUGGAUACUUUGAAUAAGGUGGUUGAACAUUUGUGUGGAAAUAGGCUUGUUGAGGAGGCUAAGUAUGUUGUGUCCAAGUUGAAAGACUCGAUAAAUCCUAGUGGGGUUACCUACGAGGGUUUGAUAAAGGGUUUCUGUGAUGUGGGUGAUUUGAUUGAGGCUUCAAAGGUUUGGAAUUUGAUGGUGGAUGAAGGAUUUGAGCCAGAUAUCGAUGCUGUUGAGAAAAUGAUGGAAAGCCUUUUGAAAAUUAAUCGGUACGACGAGGCGAUGAAGCUAUUCCAGACGAUGAGGACUAAGAGGAUUAACGAUUUGGGUCUUUCCUCUUACAGGCUUGUGAUUGAGUGGAUGUGUAAAAGGGGCAAGACUGCGCAAGCAUAUGCAUUGUUUGAAGAAAUGCGUGAGAGAGGGAUUCAAGCCGACAAUCUAACGCUGGCAUCAAUUAUUUACGGGCUUCUAGUGAGAGGUAGAGUUAGAGAGGCUUAUAGGAUUGGGGAAGGGAUUGAGAAACCGGAUAUAAGUGUAUACCAUGGUCUGAUCAAGGGACUUUUGAGGUUGAGAAAGGCGAGUGAUGCAACCCAAGUGUUCAGGAAGAUGAUAGAGAGAGGGUGUGAACCCACAAUGCAUACCUACAUAAUGUUAUUGCAAGGGCAUUUGGGAAAGAGGGGGAGGAAGGGAACAGACCCGCUUGUGAAUUUCGAAACCAUUUUUGUUGGAGGUUUGGUCAAAGCAGAGAAGUACUUAGAAGCCACCAAGUUUGUGGAGAGGGCGAUAUGGAAAGGGCUUGAGGUACCUAGAUUUGAUUAUAGCAAGUUCUUGCAUUAUUAUUCGAAUGAGGAAGGUGUAGUUAUGUUUGAAGAGGUGGCAAAGAAAUUGAGAGAGGUAGGGUUGUUUGAUUUGGCAGAUAUAUUUCAGAGGUACGGGGAGAAAAUGGCCACGAGAGACAGAAGAAGAGAUAGAACAACUGAACCUUGAAACCAUAUUUCAAUGAAGGAAUUUGUCGAUUAAGGUUUGUAGAUUAUGGUUAAUCAGGAAUUUGACGUUUCUUGGUGUGUA